GCAAACACUCCAGUGCUGAUCUGUUUCAGCAGUAUAGAGUGAAGACCACAGAGGGAAAGAAGUUAAAAUUCAGGGAGGAAAUUUCAGACCAAGACUAAAACAUCACAUUAAGAAGAAUCUUUUAAAGGCAGAUGAUAAAAGUGUAAAGAGAAUCAGGGUGAGAGGCAAGCAGAGAGAGGACAUAUAAAGCCGGUUUAAAAUAAAGAAUGGGCUCCCUGGUGAGCAGUGCUUUUCUCUUAACCUCCCUGCUGGCUUUGCUUUUUGGAUGUUCUUCAGUCUUGGCCCAGAACCUGAGACAAAGAGAUGCACUAUGUAACACAGAUGGCUGCUUUGUGGUCUAUUUUCAACGCAAAACCUUUUUGCAAUCAUGGAAGGCCUGCAAAGAAAAAGGUGGCAACCUGGCCACCAUCAAGCGGAAGGUGGAUGCAACCGCUAUUGCCACUCUCUUUUCCACUGUGGAUCUGCGCCACUCACGCACUACUGUCCAAGUAUGGAUUGGGCUUCAGCGCCAGCCUCGCCAGUGCACUACCUUGCACCCGCUGCGAGGUUUCUCUUGGACUACUGGUGACCAGGACACAGAGUAUACCGACUGGCAGAACCCGGACUCCCCUCACUCGUGUUCAGCGCCUCGCUGUGUAUUUAUGGGCUACAGCACUGAAGACCAGGACAAUAAUUUUAAAUGGAUAGACAGUCCUUGUGCAGUCUCUGCAGAUGGGUAUCUGUGCCAUUAUGCCUACGCAGGCAUGUGCCCUCCCCUGUGGAGUGAGGGAGAAGGCAAUGUUACCUACACCACACCGUUUAACCUUCUAAGCGCACUGCUGACUCAUGUACCCGUUGGAUCUGUUGCUACCGUACGCUGUCCUUCAGGCACCAAGGAAGAAAAGACGGUUUCAUGUAUGACGAGGGAAGAUGGCUCAGUGGGAUGGACCAAAGAAUCUCCUCUUUGUUCUCAUUUCUCUAUAUCACACAACCUAUGUGACCAGGAUAAUGGUGGAUGUGAGCAUUUCUGCAUGCCAGAUAGUGGUCAUUUCUACUGUGAAUGUGCUGAUGGAUACACGCUUGCACCAGAUGAACGCACUUGCCUCAAUGUAGACGAGUGCCUCAGAGGUCCUUGCAAGCAGAUCUGUGUGAACACCCUGGGGACAUUUGAAUGUCAGUGUCACGAGGGCUAUGAUAGAAAUGAUGAGGGUGAGUGUGAGGAUAUUGACGAGUGUAUAAAUGACCCGUGUGAACAUGCUUGUGAGAACACCCCAGGCUCUCAUAUCUGCCACUGCCAUCUGGGCUAUUCCUUAGUACCUGAGGAUCCCAGGCAAUGCCAGGAUAUCAAUGAGUGCGAGAUUCCUGGAACAUGCGAGCAGAUGUGUGUGAAUUAUGAAGGUGGUUUUGAGUGCUAUUGUAGUGAAGGCUUUGAACUCAUGUCUGAUAACUAUUCAUGUGAGAAGAGAGAGGAAGGAGACGACCAAUAUGCUGUCACUCCUCCUUUUCUUUGGGUCACAGGCCAGGCUGGACCUCUGUAUGACUAUGACUGGAACCCAGAGCAGCGCCACACUGACUGGCCUACAUGGGAGGAGGAAUCUCUGGACUGGCUGACAGAGUCCACCAGAGUUUCUGAUGUAAUUUGGGCCACCAGUUCCCCACUGGAGAAACUGUUCUCUGAUUCAGUGCUGGACCUGCUGACACAGGGAGCAGGUAAAGAUGAAGAAGAAGCUGUGGACAGAGCUGACUGGUCAAAUGGUGGUCAGAGAUCUCAGUCUGAGCUGAAGGUUUUGUCAGCAACUGCCUACAAUACUCCUCAUCUCCUUAGCUCCAGCGCUACUCCAGACCUGUACAAGGAAGAUGAGGGUGAAGCUACUACAGCUCUUCCCUUAUACCCCACCUCAACAAUCUCAGAAGGAGCUUGGAACUGGGGUGCGGAUCUCGUUACUUCAAGCAAGAUGCCACAGAGUUUUGUCACAGACAUGCCUAAAGAGUCCAGUUACCACAAAGAGCCAGAAGGAGAAACACAGAGGAAUCUCCUCAGGGAAAACUUUCAGUUCACAGAGGCGGAGUUAAGCAAAGAGGAAAUGAACUUUGUGGAAUUUACCCCCAGUCAAAACCUGGCCUUUCCCACCGGGCUGGCUUCUUCCCAGCCGCCCCCAACUGAGGACGAGGAAGGUGAUGACAGCUCGGAUUCUGUCCAGACAAAGGGGAGCACUUGGCUCAUGGUGGGACUCUUCAUACCCAUCUGCAUCUUCAUUGUGGUAAUGGUGGCACUCGGUUUUGUCUACUGCAACCGCUAUAGAGUUACGGCACACGAUAAGAAUGCCGCUGACUGCUACCACUGGAUCCCAGGGUCUCACGAUAAACAGGGAGCUCCUGACCCCUCAGCAGGGGUGCAGAGCUUUGUUUAAAACUGUGAAGACAUUUACAUAAACAAAGCCUGUCUCAGAGGGAAAGAAUGGUGAUGAAUGCAUCUGGUCCCUCUGACUCUGGACUACGGGACACAUUUAAAUAACUCUUGACUCUAAACUCAUAAUGACAGGAGGGAAAGUACAGAGAAAGUCUUUUUGUGAAUAUGUUUUCUAUGUGGUACAGAAUACACACACACACACACACACACACACACACACACACACACACACACACACACACACACACACACACACACACACACACACCGUCCUGAUUAUUGACAUGUUUAUUCGUUUCAGCAUGUCCCAGAUGAAGUAAUUCCUGCUUAUAAAGGUAACUGAGGUAUUUGUUUUGUAAUGGAAUUUGACUCAGUUGCACAUCUCUGCUCAUAACUGUUACUGUUACCUGUGUUUUAUAUGUGUGGUUGCCUCAGUCAGCGAUGAAUGAAGGGAAACUUUACAUAAAUGUCCAGAAGGAAACAUAUAGAAACAGAAAAAUGCUGAACAUAAGUUCGCUGUGUUGGAGCAGAAUUGUGGAGCUGCGAUAGAACAAAACCCUCUUUUCAUGUUUGUUUCUUGUUACCAUUUUAAAAAUAUAAUGCUUGUAAUAGUUCAUUGAAAUAAUGUCCCACUCCAUAAACCCUGUGAUCGUUACACAGAGACUGGCUGUAGCAGCUGUUUUGUGACACUGACCUUGUUUGUGAAAUGGCCAGCAGUCACCCUUUGUACUGCCGAUUCCUGAAUGCACUAAAAAAAUCUUUUAUGGCCACCUUGGAUGAAAUCCAGCUGUGUACAGACUGCUUUCAGUGCAGCUGCCAAUGGAGCUUCCCAUUUUUAAAUUCCCAAAUGACAAUGAGAUUUCAAGGGAUUUGUAUCCUGCAUUCAAAACUGACUACUAACACGGGAGGAAAGAAGAUUGCAUAGAGCACUAAAAAUACUAAUAAAGAUAAUAAUAGUAAUCAAAUGAAACUAAUAAAAUGUCGUAUGAUUUUUAUAGAUAAA